AUGGCUGGGAAUCGGGCAGUUGCGACUGAGAAAAGCGGCGACCUCGUCGUCCUCCGCACGCCUCACACCUCAAGCGUAGACGAUGUCCUUAAGCACUACCGCGUCACGCUUGAGAAGGGUCUCGACAGCAAGGCUGUCGAGGACAGGCGCCGGCUCUUCGGGGCUAACAUGCUCGAACAGAAGGCCAAGGAAUCGAUAUGGGUUCUUUUCUUGGGUCAGUUUGAUGACAUGUUGGUCAAGAUUCUGCUUGGCGCUGCCAUCGUCAGCUUCGUCCUGACCCUCACCGAGGUCACCGAUAGCUACGCGAUCACCGACUUCAUCGAGCCCUUGGUCAUCGUCGUCAUUCUCGUGCUGAACGCCUUUGUGGGAGUGUGGCAGGAAACCAAUGCUGAGCAAGCCCUCGACGCGCUGAAAAAGCUGCAGUCCACAGUGGCCACUUGCCUCAGGGAUGGCAAAUGGGUCACCAUCGACUCCGUGGACCUCGUUGUGGGCGACAUCGUGCGCAUGCGAACUGGCAACAAGGUCCCCGCCGACUUGAGGGUGUGCUCCAUUUCUUCAACUUCGCUCAGCUGCGAGCAAUCGCAACUUACUGGAGAAUCGAGGAACGUCGCCAAGACAUCGAAGCCCAUUCCGGCUGGCAUGGAGAACUGCGAAAUUCAGGAGAAGCGUAACCUGCUCUUCUGCGGUACGACGGUUUCGGCCGGGUCUUGCGUCGGCGUCGUGGUCGCGACGGGCAUGCAGACUGAGAUCGGAGCCAUUCAGGCAGCAGUACUUGACGCUGGGUCGCAGGAGAGGGGGACGCCGCUGCAGCGUAUGCUCAGCGACUUCAGCACAUCGCUUUCGAAGUUCAUCAGCGUGAUCUGUAUCGCGGUUUGGGUUAUAAACGUCAGGAACUUCAAUGACCCCAUCCACCACAGCUUCAUGAAGGGCUGCAUAUAUUACUUCAAGAUCGCCAUCGCGCUGGCCGUGGCCGCCAUUCCCGAAGGACUGCCGGCCGUCAUCACUACGAGUCUCGCUCUGGGAACGCGCAACAUGGCCAAGAGGAAUGCCAUCGUUCGCAAAUUGCCGUCGGUUGAGACUCUGGGUUGUACCACCGUCAUCUGCUCCGACAAAACCGGCACCAUCACCACCAACAAAAUGCGCGCGCAAGUGCUGAAACUGGUCGGCAAUGAUGACAAGGUUAGGUCGGUCCACUUCACCGACGACGGUAAAAUUGACACGACCAAGGGCAAUUCCAAUGAGAUCGCUCCUGGCCAGGGUCUCAAUGGACCUUUCGGUAAGCUUCUAAGCGCCGUGUUUAAGUGCGGUUGCAUCUGUUCUGAGGCAGCCGUCGAGCAGGAAGAAGGCGAGCCCACCGAAUUGGCCAUUCUCCACAUGGUGAACGACGUGCACGCUUUCCUGACGCCAAAUGGCAGUGCGAUAGUAUCGGCGGAGUACCAGAAGCAGAUCCGCAAGGAGGCCACCCUCGAGUUCUGCAGGGACAGGAAGAUGAUGAGUGUGAUUGCCAGUGAAGACGGGGGCCACCAGCUGUACACCAAGGGUGCGCCAGAGUCGGUGAUCGAGAGGUGCAACAUGUACAUGAAAGCCGACGGCACGAUGUCGCCCAUCACCCCCGCUGUCAAGGCGACUAUUAUGCAGGAGGUGGAGAUGAUGGCACGCGAUGCGUUGCGUACAUUGGCCUUUGCGUGCUCCAACGAUGCUGCCGGCGCUUUGCAGAUCUAUAAGCAAAAGAGCGCCAGUGGCGAGAUUUCCGAGGGCAGUCCGGAAUUCUUCCAGGAGAUCGAACGCGACCUCGUGUUCUUAGGUCUCACGGGUAUUUUGGACCCGCCGAGGCCACAGGUCAGGCAGGCCAUUGAAAUGGCGCACACGGCCGGUAUCAGGGUGUUCAUGAUCACCGGUGACAACAAGUUGACGGCUGAAGCCAUUGCCAAACGCGUAGGCAUUCUGCCCCCUGAAUUCCCCGCCGCGAGCGACAGGGUCUGCUACUCCUACACUGGCAAGGAAUUCGAAAAAUUGUCAGACAGCGAAAAGCGCCGCGUUGUGAGUGGCCACGGCGUGGUGUUCAGCAGGACUGAGCCCAAACACAAGCAGGACAUUGUGUCCAUAUUGAAGCAGCUGGGCGAAACUGUGGCGAUGACGGGUGACGGAGUCAAUGAUGCACCCGCGCUGAAGAUGGCCGACAUAGGUAUUGCCAUGGGCAUCACCGGAACUGAAGUCGCCAAGGAGGCCGCUGACAUGAUCCUCGUUGACGACAACUUCCAAUCUAUCGUCGCUGCCAUCGAGGAAGGCAGAUGCAUCUACUCGAACAUGAAGUCGUUCAUCCGGUACCUCAUUUCCAGCAACAUAGGUGAGGUUGCAUCUAUCUUCUUGACUGCGGCUAUGGGCAUACCAGAGGGUAUGAUGCCGGUCAAGCUGCUGUGGGUUAACCUGGUCACCGAUGGCCUGCCGGCCACCGCUCUCAGCUUCAACCCGCCUGACCACAAGGUGAUGCUGAAGCCGCCAAGGAGCAACGACGAGAAGCUCAUCGAUGGGUGGACCUUCCUGAGGUACCUUAUCAUCGGUUUGUACGUGGGGGUGUCGACCGUGGGGUCAUUCGUAUGGUGGUACGUCCGCGGUAUUUCCCCCAACGACGGUAACACAACCGUCACGCUGAAGCAGCUCAUGAGCUUCAGCAAGUGCACGCAGUGGAGUGAUUUCUCAGUCAACCGAUUGGAAGGCAUGACCGACGAUAUGUGCAGCUACUUCACGCUCGGUAAAAUCAAACCCGCCACCAUCAGCCUCACGGUGUUGGUCAUGAUUGAGAUGUUCAACGCUUACAACGCGGUGUCUGAGGAAUCGUCUCUGUUUUGCACCCCCCCGUGGUUGAACCCGCAUCUCAUGGUGGCGACCACGAUAUCGUUCACUAUCCACUGCAUCAUUCUGUACACGCCCUUCCUGGCCAGUGUAUUCGGCGUCGUUCCUCUGGACAAACACGACUGGAUUGCCGUGUUGAUGUGGUCGUUCCCCGUGAUUAUCAUUGACGAGAUCAUUAAGUGGGUGGGCAGGAACUACAUUCGGCGGUCGCAGCGCCACGAGGAGCCCACGAAACCCAUGGCAGACAAGAAGGCGGACUAA